CAGACCUUGUUUUGUGUGCUUAAAGCAAUAAAACUAAUGCACUGCAUACCAGCCGAUCAUCGAGGAUGAAUGUCGAUGACUUGGACGACACGCAUUUAUGCAUCAAAUGCAAUGCCACUAUAGUGGGUCUGGAAAAAUACAUUGAGCACCGGAAGCAGAACUGCCUAGCAACUACGGGGCAUGUGGGGGGCAGUGUGGGGCUGGCAAAGUCUGUGGCAAGGCCGAUGCCGCUGCCGACAACUACAAUCCAGGAGUCCAACUCUGUGACUGUGUCGCCCCCAAUCAUAAGUCGCUCAAGUCUAGAUCAUACCUACGAUGGCUUUCAUUUUACAGAGCCCGAGGCACCAAGCAGCUAUUUGCGCAAAACUGCGGCCAGUCAUGGUGGCAAGACCUCAAAAUCCCUGACAGACGCCUACGAUUUGACUUUGGGAGCCGAUGUCUUCUUCUCAUCACUACAACUGCAGAGCGUACAGGGAGGAAAGACAGGAAGCGCGCGACACGAGCGUCACAAAUCCCGGAGUGCAGAUCAGUCGGAUGAGCAGCGGGAUGAGCUUCCCUGGCAUCGCAAUGCCCAGGCCUGCACAGAUACGCUGAUGAAGGCGGUGCGGGAAAUCGGCGAGUCCAAGAAGCACGACGAAACUGUAUUCAAGCCGCUCAAAUUUGUGCACGACUCCCCGGAGGAGAGUGAAGAUGAGCAGGCCGGCUACGAUGAGGGCGAACUCUUCGAACCCGAAGCCGAAGCGGAUGCAGAAGACGAUGACGACGACGGAGAUGCUGAUGCAGAUGGAGAUGUCGAUGCGGAUGCGGAUGUGGAUGGUGAUGGCGGUUAUUCGUUGCGGCAUUCGCCGCCUGCUGUACCAGCCGAGCACACAGGUGGCAAAUGGAAACCGGAGCAUCGACCCCAACUACACGUAGUCACGCACAUGCAGCGCAUUUCCCCCAACUGGGACGAGCACGUGGACGAGCCAGGCGAGGAGCAUCCGCCCGAGGAGCACACACGCGGUAAAUGGGUGCCGGGCAGCAAAAUGUUGGAAUACCGCGAGAACCUAAUCGAUCUGACCCGACUGAGCCAACCGAGCACCUAUUGGUGCAACAUUUGCUGUCGCAAGCUCAACAGUUGUGCCAACUACGAGCAGCACUUGAAGACCGGCUACCAUCGACGACGCGCCGACGGCGAACGUCAACUGGAACAGGCCAAGCUGGGCGGUACCUUGCGCAUUGGCGAGAAUUUCGACUUCGAACGGGAGGAGGAGGCAAAGUCCGAGGUGCCGCAACAGCGUUGUCGUCGUCGUCAUCGUCGGGCCAAUUCGCUGCGCUGCGAUCUCUGCCGUCAUAACGUGCAACGUCAUCUAAUGGGCAAGCAUCUGAUCUCGCACUACCACUACCGCCGUCUCCAGCAACAGCAGACCGAGACCCGUCGCCAGAGCGCCCUGCACACAAUACUCGAGCAUAUGCCUAGCAUUGUGCUGCAGUCGCCCUUCCAGUGUCGACCCUGUCGCUUUUAUUGCAACACUCAGUCCACGUUCCUCACCCACUGGCAGUCCGAAGCGCAUCUGCAGCAGACCAGUCGGCUGAAGGACUUGAGGACGCACUUCUGGUGCAGCUACUGCCAGUACGAGUGCCCCAGCAAUGAGGAAAUGUUGUGCCACCUCCUAAGUGGCACACACGAGCAGGUUCUGCUCGCUCUCAAUCGAUCAGUGCCCAUCUGCAUUGGACAACGCCAGCCAGUAGUGUGUACAGUAUGCGAUCAGCACUUUAUAUCUAACAUGGAACUGAGACAACAUUUUACACGUGACCAUGUGGGUCUCACAAUUACGGGCAGUGCUGCUGACAACUACCAGUGCCGCUUCCGAUGCGAUCUGUGUGGAGAACCGCAGCGAUCACGAAUUGCGCUGCAACGGCACGAGAAGCGCAUACAUCGUUUAAACAAAUACUAUUGCGCCAUUUGUCAUCUGGAUUUUGAAACAGCGCUCCAGGCGCGACGCCAUCGCAAUCAAAUGCAGCACAAGCGAAAGGCCAAUCGAUUGAAGAGCAGAACAACAACACAAAGCAAUGAAACAACAACUCAAAAUGAACUGGAACACAUGCUACGCGAGGUUCUGGACGAACCCAAAGAGCCCAUCCCGAAGAAGACAGUUACUAGUCCGCCCGCGAAAAAGAGUCGCCAGCAAUUGAAAUGCGUCAAUUGCCAACAAAUCUUUGAUACUCCGCAAAAUCUUGCCCAGCAUCGCGUCGAAGCACACGCCGCAGACAGUCAUCCCUGUCCUAGUUGCGGAAGUAGCUUUCAGUCCGCACAGGCCUUAGGGCGUCAUAGUCGCAGCUGUCAACCGAUGGCUUCUACAUCGGCGGCCGCUGCCGCAGUCAGAGCCCUCGACCCGGAAGAAUCUGGUAGCAGCUCUAAGCUCCGACACUGCAGUGAGUGCAACUUCCGAACGCCGUAUGAAUCGGAUUUGCUUUAUCACCGCUUCUUUCACACACACGGCACUAUUGGCAAGAGCGAGGUUCUCCAGUGCCCUUUGUGCCCCAAGGGAUUCCGCAAGCACUCGCUGCGCGAUCAUUUGCGCAAUCACACAAACGAACGCAUAUACGAGUGCACCGAGUGCCAGAUGAAGUUUGUCCGGCGCCACAAUCUCAAGAAUCAUAUGGCAACGAUGCAUAGCCAAUACACAAAGCGUGCCGUAACCAAGCCGCAAAAAAAGGAGCCCAAAGAAAAAUUUCAAUGCGGCACAUGCGGCAAGAUAUUGUCCUCGAAGUACUCCCUGAAGCAGCACGAAUUGACGCAUGGAAAGGUCGAACGUCGCUUUCGAUGUCACCACAAGGACUGCCAGUAUGCGGGACUCACGCCCGAGAAUCUAAAAAGCCACUUGCUCUCCCAUGCCCAAGGUGCUCACAAGUGUGAGCAAGCGAGCUGCACAUAUGUCGGCAAAAGUCUCAAGCAUUUAAAGAGACACAUGACGUCACACUCAACCGAUCGAGACAGCCAGAAAUUGUUGCAGUGCGAACGCUGCAAGUUCAAGACGCUCGUAAAGAGUCAUUUAACCCGGCAUAUGCGAUGCCACACGGGUGAGAAGCCACACCAGUGUCCUUAUUGCGACUUCCAGUGCAGCGAUUUCGACUAUUUGCGGAAGCACAUCCUUAAGACUGACAAGCAUAAAGGGAAGUUCGUAUAUGAGUGCAGUAUUUGUGUGGCGGAACAGGCAACAGAGGUCUUCAAGAGCAAUCAGCUCAAGGAAUAUCAAACGCAUAUGAAUGUUCAUAAAAGGAAGUAA